AGAUAAUGAUGAUCCAAGCCCAUUACGACUACUUCAUACCUAGAGUCUAUCUACCCCAUCCAUAUCAUACUUCCUGAUCCUGUUGUCUUCUGUACAGUAAUUACUUGUUUCUUCCUUGACAACGACAAGCGACAACCAGUGCUGCGACUCUAUAAUCCGUAUGCUGCCACUGCUGACGAAUCUCCUUUGACACUCGUUGUGGCUUGGAUUGUUGUGGACUUUUUGCCGGUCCGGCCUCUUCGUUCUGUGAACAGAGAGUUCGUUGGACUACCCAUAGUCGGUCGCAUCUUCCAACCACCAAUUCACUUCCCCAGCGUUACAAGCGACACAAUGCUUUGAUGAAUAUUGAUAAUUUUUGUCGAAAGAAGAACUCUUUGUACAGGAGCAAGGCCACCACUACAUACAUUAUACAACAUGAUCUAAAACCAUGGGUUGUUGUUCAUCGCGACCUGACAACUCUGAAAGCCCUCAACAUGGGCGAGCCAUUGCGCCCCCUCCAGUCCGACACACUUCCCCUCAGGCCAUAACCUCGCAGACGGCGAUUAACAGCUCGACGCAAGACCAACAUGGUAGCAAUUCCCUUGCGCCCCCGUCGGGCCUCUCCAUUCCACAAAGUGAGACAUCUCACUCUGCCCUCUCCACGCCUAGACAUUCGGUCCAAAACCAUCGAUCACAGCCUGGCCGGUCACUUUCGCUGGCAGAACACUACAACCUCCCUCUCCAACCUCCCAAGCCUUGGACGGGUAAAGAUAGGACGUGGACACGCACGCGACUCCAGCGAGAAAGAUACGAGUUCUUCGAGACGAGAGUGACAGGGAGAACCGAGAUUUGGGAAGGUCUCAAACAAGCCAUCGAGUGUCUCCGCGAAGGGGAUCUGGCAGACGCACAAGGGAUCCUCGACGCACUAGAAGUUACACUCCCGACCGGUCGUCUCGAAGAAGGAGCGUACGAUUCACAAGGAACCCUUUACAAAAUACCGCAAGCCGUGAUAUCUGAUCCCACGGACGUGAUUGAGGAUAUUGCAGACAUGGACAGUCAAACCGUCUCCGGACCCGCCGACUCUGACACCCUAGCUGCGAAACUCGAGGCCACCGAGGAUACGAAGAUGGAAGAUGUUUCUCAGUCACAAAUCGACACAGAAAAGACCAAGGAGGUGAAAGGCAAGGCGGUCGUCGAUAAGGACGCUGUUAACGUGCGCUGUCGAUUGAGCGAUCGUGGCGGACCGGACGUUGUCAUCCCUCUCGGUAAGACACAGCGAGUUGGAUUGUUGGCGGAGAGGAUCAGAGAGGAAACUGAGAUACCCAAACCAGCUCGAAUCCGUAUCGCAUAUCUCGGCAAAAUUCUCGAUGACAAACUCAAUCUUCCCGAACAAGGUUGGAAAGAAGGUCACAUCAUACAGGCAUUGGUGGUGGGUCGAUUUGCGACCUGAAGUCGUCCUCGAUCGCCCAGCGAUGUUCAUGCCCCCGAGUUGUCGAAGCCGUCAUUGAUCAGACGUGAAAGAAAGGGCAAACCGAUCAAGCAUGCAUGAAUAUCUGCUCAUCACCACCAACGUGUGUCUUUUGAUUGCGAAUUACUGGUUUCUUUCGGCCUUGGGUCCAGUCCUGGAGUUUCAGUUUCUAUGGUCGAAGAUAGUUCAAAGCCAACCGUGAUUUUCAAAUACCCUUGCACAAUCAACAAACUAAUGAUGAGGGGGAUUUCUGAAUGGCAGGAAUUGAACAGGGCGUUACUCGGAUGAAUGGGAGUAUUGAAGAGAUGAGUGUGGAAGGGACCUCGGGGAGUUUUUCUGGUCUCAUCAAAGUCCUACGAUACGAUACCCAUUCUACUACUACUCCUGCAGGCGUGAGGUCAAAUUGGUUCAAGUUGGUAUGCAACAUUACUGCAUUCAAAAAAUCAUAUUGCAACAAAACAAAAGGUUUCAUUUCAUUCAUGAACCCGACUAAUUACAGAUGAUGAUUCCUCACAACA